AAGGAGAUUAAUAACUUAACAAACUUAAGGUGACCGUUUGUAAUACCUCGAAAAUACCAUCAUGGAUUUUAUGCUUAACACUACAUGCAGUGCAUGCAGAGUUGCACGUGUAUAUUUUGAACAAUAAAUUUCAAAGCCAGGAAAUGGAAAACGAAAAUGAAAAUGUUGAAAUGGAGGUGGUCGAGCCUGAGGACGCAGAGAGUGACGUUGAGUCGGACAGCGAUAGUGAUGUAAAUGACGAAAAUGCCGCUUCGAGCUCCAAGCAGCCCAGGGAAGUAUAUUUGCCAGGAAAGACUCUUGCUGACGACGAGGAGCUGGUCUGCGAUGAAAGCGCUUAUUUGAUGCUGCAUCAGGCCUCGACUGGAGCACCCUGCUUAAGUUUUGACAUUAUCCCCGACGAACUUGGAGAGAGUCGCGAAUCUUUUCCAUUGACUGCUUACGUUGUGGCUGGUACGCAGGCGGCCCACAAUCAUACUAACAACUUGAUCGUGAUGAAGCUUAGCAAUCUGCAAAAAACACAGGACGAUGAAGAUGAAGAGGACGAGUUGGAAGACGAUCAGGAUGACGUGGUCGAUAGCGUUGAGCUCAAGAAGCCGCAUAUGAGUUGCGCCCUAAUCAAACACCAGGGAUGUGUCAACCGUGUGCGGGCCCGUCGUUUGGGAAACACAGUUUAUGCGGCUUCUUGGAGUGAACUUGGAAAGGUCAACAUUUGGAACUUGACCCAAGCCAUGCAGGCUGUCGAGGAUGAGCAACUAGCUAAACAGUUUGAUCAGAACGCAACACGGCCGGUGUAUUCUUUUAAUGGGCACAGAGAGGAGGGCUACGCAGUGGACUGGAGUCCUAUUGCCGAGGGAGUUCUGGCUACUGGAGACUGCCGUCGAGAUAUUCACAUAUGGAGUCCCCUUGAAGGCGGCACUUGGAAAGUUGAUCAGCGGCCAUUGGUGGGACAUAAGAAUUCCGUCGAAGAUCUGCAGUGGAGUCCCAGCGAACGUAGUGUUUUAGCUUCUUGCUCCGUGGACAAGUCUAUCCGCAUAUGGGAUUGCCGUGCUGCUCCGCAGAAGGCAUGCAUGCUAACCUGUCAGGACGCUCAUGAGAGCGACAUUAAUGUAAUUUCGUGGAAUCGUUCGGAUCCAUUUAUCGUAAGUGGGGGUGAUGACGGAUAUUUACACAUUUGGGAUUUGCGCCAGUUUAAGAGCCAGAAGCCCAUCGCCACGUUUAAGCACCACACAAGUCACAUUACGACGGUAGAGUGGAGUCCCAGGGAAGCGACUGUUCUGGCUUCGGGAGGUGAGGACGAUCAGAUAGCGUUAUGGGACUUGGCCGUCGAAAAAGAUCUGGACCAGACCCAGGAUUCGGCACAAAACGAGGAUGAAAUUAACAACCUGCCGCCGCAGUUGCUUUUUAUUCAUCAGGGCCAAAAGGAGAUUAAGGAACUGCACUGGCACCCCCAGCUUCCGGGAGUGCUGUUGUCCACUGCCCACAGUGGAUUUAAUAUUUUCAGAACAAUUAGCGUAUAAAUGGCCAAACGGACGAAAUAAAAUUUGGAAUUAUAUUGUUGUAAA